CGCCUCCUUCUCGCUUAAUAUUAAUAUCCAAACUAAUAUUAAUAUUAAUAUUCAUAUUCAUAUUCAUAUUCAUAUCCACAUUCAUAUUCAUAUUCAUAUCCAUAUUCACAAGCAAGGCGCAGCAAAAAGAAUCAUGACAAUUACAGUUCCCCUUCUUCGAAGAGAGACCACUCGAGCACUUUGCGACGAGUUCACAACCAUCUUUGAUCCUGCCUUGGACUCAACAUGCUCUCUCGAAACCCAUACCGAAACUAUCACACCUACUACUGUGGCUACAAUAUGGCCUGAUGUCCCUUCAACACUUACUCUGUGCGAGAGCAACCAGGACACAUCCCUCUUGACUGACACUGCUUCAUAUAUCUCUAUGACCGAGACAGAGACCUCGCCUACAUCGACUAUCUUGACAGCAUUCACGCCUGUUAGUACGCCAUGCUCCGAAUCAGAAGACUUAGCCUUAUUGGACUCUCUUUCGCCUCCCCCCUCGCCUUGGAGUUCGUCGUCAUUUCUGAAUACCAUGGAAAAUAGCCUUGCAGAAAGUCAAAUCAGCAACAAUUUUAAAUUAAAUAGCCAGAGUGACAUCAAUCAAAACUUUAAAAUCUACUCUCUCUCUACUGGCUAUCUUGAUCUUUUCAAUAACUCAUCUCAUCAAAGUUUAUCAGAUCUUCAACAUUCACAAGGCAUGCAAUCUUACUACACAAUGCAACGCAGCACUAUUGAUAAUGCCAUUCGAUCUGCAUCAGGACAUCAUUUAUCUAAAGAAAACCAGAGUGUUGAGACAGCAGCACCUUCGGACCUCUACAACGUGUCGAUUGAUGAAGUUCUGUCGACCGAGUCACUAAAUAUUAAGGGUAUAUAUUCCGCCCUAGGAGCUCAGGCAUCUGCAUCCGAUUCAGAUAAAAUACUUGCAGCGAUGUUGUCUGCUGUGCAAGAGGCCCUUGGCCAGCCAAGCAUCUGUUCGAAUACCAACGUGAAGGAGGCACCAUCACAACACCACAUUCACCAUCAACGACAGCAAGAAAUGGAUGAUCUCUUUAACUCGGAUGGUUCAUUAAGCUCGGGAAUGGAUGACGAUGAUGAAGAUGAUGACGACGAUGAAGACAACGAUAGGGUCGAGCACCAUAGCGAAGAGAAUAAUAGCAAAGAUAAUGGCAAAAAUAACAUCAGGAAGAGGGCAAGGUCGCAAGAUGAUGACGACUCCGCGAUUGCAAAGAAGCGUAUUAAAAAGCAACAGAACCCAACUUCCACUUCUAGUACAAUGCGCUCUCGUCCAAAAUCUACACUCAAAGCACCUCGCGUCCGGAGACAGCCAGCUAAAAAAACACCCAAAGUAUACCCACCUCGUCGCACAAAGACAGCCACUGUAAGCAUGAUCAACGAAGGAGAGUCUCAGGCCACUGAUGUGUCGGAGCCUGCGAUAGUGUUGCUGUCUGCUCUCAACCGCAAUAAACAAGGCGGUGAUGACAACAAUAGCAGCAGCAGCAGCAGCAGCAGCAGCAGCAAAACGACACAACUUCUCAAGUCAAAAACAACCUCAGCAUCGCAACACCGGGAUGGUGGAUAUCGAUGCGAGUUGUGUCCUAAUGAGAGAUUUGGAAGGGUCCAUGACCUAAAGCGCCACCAAAUCUCUAAGCACAACGAGAAGACGUGGCCCUGCGACUUUUGCCAUCGCCCCUUCGUUCGCCGUGAUGCAUUGCUAAGGCAUUACGCAGUAAAGGCUGAAAGAAGGGAUGGUAUCCAUCCAACCUCCGAGGAGACCGACAGGCUCUCGGAGGCCAGGGCGAGGGCCAAGUUGACGUAAUAGAAGGGUCAAUUUACCCUUUUUUAUUAUUAUUAUAAUUGUAUUUAU